AUGUCGUUUCUCACCUACUGCUAUUCAUGGUACGGGAUAGCAUGUUUGGUAAUAUCGGUGAUUUUGAACAGAACUUUGGUGGUGGCAUCAACUAAUACGUCCAGAAUACAGCAGCUGAUGGCUUAUCGGAGACGGAAUCUCUUGACCAAUGGGAGCAAAACUGAAUUUUUAAAGCUGGCGAGUCAAUUCUGCUUUCGAAUGGGGUCAAUUGCCGUGUUGCUCUACAACGCAUAUAACGUUUUGGUGGCAUUGAACGUUAUGGCAGUGUUGAGAGGCCGAGAAGAUGUUUUGUUUUUCCGUUUGUUGAAGUAUACCGGGUGGUUCGAAUAUGAUACGGAAACAGAUAACAGGUUCUUGAAAGCUCCCAAAACCCAGGUGAUGAUCGGUCCGUCCACGGAUGUCUAUUGGCCGGUAUUUUUGGGUUUUUGCCUACUGGCAUAUAUGGAGACGUUUGCUUCGGUUAUAAAUGGUGAAAAGCCCUACACUGAAGCUGGAUUAACAUUAUUUGAGCACUCUUUGGCAUUUCAAGAAUCGAGUCAAACCAAGGCGAUUUUCUUGGGUGACCCCAACCUUGUGAGAAGACCCACCGAGGAGAUGUUGAUUGUGUGCCUUUUCCUGACGUUAAAUCAUCUCAAUAUUCAGAUUGGUGGGUUGAUCAAUAGAAAUAAGUAUAGGUUGAUUCCAUCGAGUAUCAUAGGAAUUGGGAUGUUGACUUAUUUCACCCAACUGGUUUAUUACGGUACUUGGUCAAAAUUCCCAAUCAUAGUCAUUGGCUCACUCUCUCCUCAGCUUUUAAUGGUGUCUAUAAUAUUUUUAUCAUUUUCAAUUUUCCUGAUGGCAGUCUUAGCUAUCGGCUUUAAUCUCAAAGAUUUAAAUUAUGCAAGCUUCUUUACCAAUAGUGAAAAUGAUCCGGAUUUCCAGGGAAAUACUCUUUUCAGGCUCAGUGAUGACUUUUACACCAUGCUUAUGAACCUUGGCAUGUUGUCUGUCACUCUGGCUGGAAAGUCCAGUUAUAUCACUGAAUUGAGUAUAGCAACCGUUGACGGUGAAACUUGGCUCGACCGAAGUAUUUGGCAAAAGUACAAGAACAGCUUGAAUGGAUUCAAAAGCAAUCGUAACCUAAGUGGGUCGGGAUUGGUUGACUAUUUGAAAAACGAAAAGAAAGGGUACAGUAACUUAAUCACUGAACCCAGUAAAUCUUUGGUAACUGGUGAUCAAGGUGCCGGGAAGGAGUAUGAUCCCUACGGCCUUGAUGAUGCAACCGUUUUAAAAAGAAGAAUAAUCUAUCUGCAAAUGAUGUUAAUGAAUCUCUUUGAACUUUUCAAAGGUUUAUUAUUCAACAAAUUGUUCAGAUGGAGAAAGAAACCAGAAAUUGAGCCAAUUUAUGAUGCUACAGGAGAAGAGGUGUAUGAGCAAUUUGAGCAGAGAAGACAAAGGCUUCCUUCAUUCUUGAGAAAAUUCGUCAGACCCAGAAGCAAGCCUCAAGCGAAAAGCGAAAAGUUGGUAGAGCUAGACAAUAUCACAGAUGAUGAACUCGCUUAUCAAUAUGUCAACUUAUUGAAGGAAAAGAAUAUUUCUGAAGUGGAUAAUUCACGAGACUUCAAUAUCACCGAUGUUGAUGAUAUUGAGAGUGAAUCAGAUGCGGAAAGUAUCAUUAUCAAUGAUGAUGAUGUUGUUGAAUUCAUAUCACCGGAGCUGUUCCAGGAACUUAUAGGUGACACUAAUGGCAUGCAAAUUUUACACUAUCACAUGAAGAACCAAGAUAGAAUCAUGACUAGAGCUCAGUACCGAGCUGUUAGCAGUCGAACCGAGGAACUCAAAGAUGAAACCACAAAACUAAUUGAAAUUCUUCUCAGCAAGAGACAAGGCUACUUACAAGAGGUACUUAAUGGUAGUAAUGUUCCGAUUCAAGCAAGCGACGAAGAAAACAACUUGGUAUGCGUUAUUUGCCAAACCAACCAAAGAGAAAUCAUCACGUGGCCCUGCCGAUGCUUCUCUCUUUGUGAAAGUUGUAGGUUAACUUUGGCAAGCAAAGGAAUGGAAGGAUGCGUCUGUUGCAGAAGGGACGUAUACGGAGUUUCCAGAGUCUUUAUUCCAUGA